ACAACCCAGAGGUUUUCUGUCGUGAGUCGCAGGUGAAUUUGGCGCAUCUUUCGCAUUUUUGUCAUAUUUUCCGACUCACACGAGUGCGGACUUCCGGAACAAGUUUCAAACUUGUGACUCGUUUUCCUGGCCGGGAAACCUUUGCAACGGCUCUCCUCACCCCUGCCCAAAACACCACUACAGGACCCAAGGCCUUCCCCCUCACCUCUGUGUUGCAUAUUUUGGGGGAAAGCAGCAGUGUUGCAGAAGAGAGCGGAAGUUCGAAACCCCUUCACCGACUUGGCGUUGUGGACUUGGGGGAAAAUGUCUCCCUCCAACAUUGUUCUCUCGCAUAGUUGGCGAGCCUACAGUGCACUACACAGCCGUGUGGCGGUGCAUGCUAAACAACGCGCGGUACGCUACACACACCAUGCAGACCCAAGCGCUCCUUCGGCUGAGACCGCCGAGCCAUGUCGUCGGAAAACUGGAGCCAAAGCACCCCCAGCCAGCAGCCGCAGCACUCACCCGGUCAGACCAACGAAGAUGAUCUGGCCAACGAUGCAGAAGGGGUGUGGAGCCCCGACAUCGAGCAGAGCUUCCAGGAGGCACUGGCCAUCUACCCUCCCUGUGGCCGACGGAAGAUCAUCCUGUCUGACGAAGGCAAGAUGUAUGGUCGCAACGAACUCAUUGCAAGGUACAUUAAGCUAAGAACGGGAAAGACGAGAACAAGGAAGCAGGUGUCUAGUCAUAUGCAGGUCCUUGCCAAGCGAUCGUCAAGGGAUAUUGCCAAGCAGUUUAAGGGGCAGCCUUCGGACUCAUGCUACCCCCGCUCUUACCUUGAUCAGGAAUCUUUUUUCGCACUUCAGGACCAGAGCACCAAGGACAAAGCCCUGCAGAGUAUGGCGGCCAUGUCGUCAGCGCAGAUCGUCUCAGCUACGGCCAUCCACAACAAGGCUGCUGCCAUGGGCAUAGCUGGGCUGGGCAUACCGGGGGCGACCCCGCUGCGUCCACCCUAUCCCGCGCAUCAACUGUGGCAGCCAGGCCUGACACAAGCAGGUACCUCGCAAGAUGUCAAGCCGUUCUCGGCGACGGCUCAAGCCUAUGCACCUGGCGGGGAGUACGCGGCGGGGAUGACCCCCGGGGGUCCCCCGGCCUGGGAGGGCCGGUCCAUUGGCACUCGCAAGCUGCGGCUGGUGGAGUUCCAGGCCUUCCUGGAGCUGCAGCGAGACCCAGAGAGUGUAAGUGAGUACAGCAAGCAUCUCUUUGUUCACCUUGGCUCAAAUGUCAGCUAUUCAGACCCACUGCUUGAGGCAGUUGAUGUUCGUCAGAUCUACGACAAAUUCCCCGAGAAGAAGGGGGGUCUGAAGGAGCUGUACGAUAAAGGCCCUGCAGAAGCAUUCUUUCUGGUCAAAUUCUGGGCGGACCUCAACACAAAUCUUUCAGAGGAAACGGGUGCAUUCUACGGUGUCACAAGCCAAUAUGAGAGUCCAGAUAACAUGACAAUCAUGUGCUCAACAAAAGUGUGUUCCUUUGGCAAGCAGGUUGUGGAAAAGGUUGAGACGGAGUAUGCCAGGUUUGAGAACGGCCGGUUCGUCUACCGCAUCCACCCCUCACCCAUGUGUGAGUACAUGAUCAACUUCAUCCACAAGCUCAAGCACCUCCCCGAAAAGUACAUGAUGAACAGUGUGCUGGAGAACUUCACCAUUCUGCAGGUUGUCACCAACAGAGAAACGCAGGAAACGUUACUAUGCAUCGCCUAUGUCUUUGAGGUCUCAACGAGCGAGCACGGAGCACAGCACCACAUCUACCGGCUGGUCAAGGACUGACACCCCCACCUCCUCCGCAACGCCCACACCCACAAACACCACCUUGCAGCCAGAAACCCGGGUGGGACUUGGAGGGAUUAAAUUCACCAAGUGUACGCGGGUCAACUGACUUUGAGUUUUUUUCAACAAAUCAAAAAAGGAUCGCAAUGGUUGGGGGCGAUGGCCCAAAAUGGAGAAGAUCUUUGUAUUACCUGAAUAGCGUUGACAAACAUUUCAGUUGUUUGCCAUUGUCAGCUCGGUAUACACAUGACAAUUGUCCUUCAGUUCUGACUUACGCAAACAAGACCUCGAACAAAUUAAGCUUGCUGUCUCCAAAAAACCAUAAGCGUUAGAUCAAUCCUUGCAAGAACAAUAAUGAUCACAGCUGGAUUUACGUUCCAUUGCUUGUAGUGGAAUUUGACUUCAGGUCUUAUGCUGGCAAUAGCUUGUACGCAUUUGUGUAUAGGUCAAACUUUCUUGUCAAAGGAAUCCGUACACAGCCCUGCCACCCUCUGCCUUUGUACCAGUGUAUCCCUACAACUGAUCCGGCCAUAGCUUUCAUUUUUCUGUAGUGGCUGUUGUACUAAACUGGUGCUCUGCAGCACGGCAGCACAUUUAAUGUCUUCUCUAUCUUGGGCUCUGGGCAGCCGGUUGAGUGACCAGUUGCCCGCCGAAUGCACCCACCGUAUCGAAAGAUCCCCCAGCCUGUGAUUGGAUAAACUAAAAUGGGUCAUGUUUUGGAGGGAAGUUGGCUUGUGGGUCGUUCUGUCUUUGUCUGUGUUUUCUUUUUAAAUAAUAUUAUAUAUUAUAUAAAUAUAUAUAAGUAUAAAUAUGUCAAGUGCCUCAACAGUUGAAUGUUUGUCAACAGUCCUGUGACAAUGCGGUGCUUACUUGGUUUGUAGAGAGAGGGCGAGUAUCAAAACACCAAAGAACUUGGCAGAAUUCCCUUGGAAAGAUCUUGAGUGGGCAAUGCUGAAAAAACCACAUCUUCUCUCAAUCUUUUUUUUUGGGGGGGGUGGAAAGUAGUAUGACCAGCAAGAUAAGAGAAUUGUCAAGCCAGGUUUUACCCCAAGUUUUUAUUUAAUUUUUUUUCCUGAUUUUAAUGGGGGAAACUUGUCAUUAGGCAGUUUUCCAGGCUUGAAAUGUAGAUCGCAAUUUUAGAUUUUUUUGUGUUGGCCAUUUACUCACUGCUUCUCAGUUGGCUUUCCAAGAACAUUGAAGCUGUAUUUUAAAAUCGUCCACUCACUUUUCCUGUUGUACAUAAGAGAAUGCUGAAAGUGCUUAAGCCUGAACCCAGUGUUAAUCAUAGAGAAUCUCAGUGCAUUUUGUAUGGUUAGGAUUAAGGCAUACUAAUCAGGAAACUUUGACAGCAUUGCUUUUUCAAGUGAGUGCCCGGUAGCUUGCCAAGGACUCCCCCUCUAUGCACAACCUGUACAGAUUUUUAACGAUUAAAGAAAGCUCUAUGGAUAGAUUUCUAUGUGUAUAGUCGUGGGGGGGACUUUUUUCUUCAUCCCUCAUGAAAAUGUGCCUUCAUACUGGUGUAUGAAAUUUUUUGUUUCCUCCAUAUGAAAUAUGAAAAAAAAAAUUGAUUGUCCCUCCUGCAAUCCCAAAUGGAUGGAAAUGCUUUUCCAGUGAUUUUGAAAAGGAUUUUUUUUGUGGCUUUGUUGAUUUGUUUGUUUUAAUCAUCGGGCGAUUUGGGAGAAAUAUUACAUCCUAAUGAUGUAAUUGAAUGAAGGUUUGCACUUGUGGGAUGUUGAGACAUUUAAAUUAAUCAGCCUCUAGAAGAGUUUUGGAUUUCAACAAAAUAAGAAACAUUUUCGCGCAAUCAGUCCCAAAAAUGUAUUUGUAAAAAUAAAGAGUGCAAAAAUAUAUGGCUUAAUGUAAACAAAAAAUGAGAACGCAUGACCUGAAUGGUGAAAGAUAAACCUUCUCUUCUGUGCAUUUCUGAAAAGUGGCUCAUUGGGGAAAUGUCUGAAGUAUGUUAUUUGGGAUGAAUUAUUUAUCAUAAUUUCAUGAAAAACUAGGGGAUAUUUGAAACUUUUUUUACCAAUAUAUAUAUUUUGAACAGUUUUGAUACAAAGUCAGAAAGCACAUAUAACUUUGUACCUACUUCACUACUCAAUUUUGUAUAAAUUAUAAAGAUUAGGUUUUCAGUGAUUAUACAGGUUUUCCAGCAGGAACUGGUGGGGAGUUUCUGUUCCUGAGAUAAAAACACCAUCGAUGAGUAUUUCAGUUGGCUUUAUGAAAGUAGAUGAAUUUAGUUUUUCUUAAUCAGAAUAAGCGUGUCUUCUUUCAGUAUUGUUGAAGACUAGUAGUUUUUGGCAUUGCAAACUCACCCAAGUAAAUGUACCUGCAUGGUUUCGAUGCCAAUUUAAACAAAAUCUAAUUAUCCUGUCAUUGAGUUGCAUUGUACCAAAACUAAAUCUGAUUCCUGGUCGUUUUUAUGUUUUGCUUGUGAACAGGGUUGGAAAAGCGUAGUUGGUAUCGGCAUUUGCAGAGAAGUUCUGAAGAAAAAAGCCAAUAGGUCUUGACUGAAAAUAUUUGUAGCAUCUGCAUAAUUUUUAGUGGUCAUUCUUUGACCCAGGUCACAAGGGGUCAUUUGAAAAGAGAUUGUUGAAUACUGAUGUUUACACUGAACUCAUACAUGUUGUGACAAUGCCUUGUAUAUCUUUUGUAUUCAUAAACUAUUGUCAUCGUAGAGGUGCAGUUUAGAUUCUAGCCAGUGUUUUUAUAAGUAUCUGUAAUUUUUAAAAUGUUACCAUGUGUUGACACCAAGCCAACUGCAAAAAGAGGAAAAAGUAACUGGAAAACUUUUUUCAGAAAACUGAAUUUUGUAAAUGUUGGUUUUAUUUUUAUGAGACUGUGCACAGUUUCUGUGUUUCUGUCGGACUUUUGAAUCAUCAGUCAUUUUUCUUUUUAAGCUGUCAGCCGAUAGUUGAAAUGUGGUUCAUGUUUUACACUCGUCCUCCAUUUCUCUUUACUUAUUUGGUCUAAAAUUAACCAAUUCAUCGCAACAACUGACGCUCUUCUCAUCAAGUAUGAUCAACCAAGUCACUGCUUAUUCCCAUGCCCUGGUUAUUCCAAAGGCCCUCAGUACCAUGAGUUGCCCAUCUUUUUAACUCCAUUUCACAAAUACUAAGGUCACCACAACUUUGUAUGUCCUCUCGGUUUUACUAACAUCAGAGUUGUAUGGAUGGUUCUGCUUAGAGACAAAGGCGCCAAUUCCGUUGGCCCCCAGGGAACCCAACCCUGUGUAAUUUUGGUUAAAGCCAUGUUUCUGCUGGUGCGCCCUUUUGAUUACAAGAAUGGCACAUUUGUUCAAAUGACCCUUGGAAAAAAUGGAAACCAUGCUUUCUUUUGUUUUCUCAGGAAGGCUGUUAUUAGUUUUUGUCGAGUAGAGUUAUGUUGGAAGUGUGAUCCUUAAUUUAUUAUUUUUUAAGUUUUAUAUUGUGCCUGUUUUCUAAAUUUCAUUUUCUGUUUUUGAUCUUCGCUGUGUUAGUACUUUAACCUGGUUUUGAAGCACAGUGACCUGGGCGGAAAAAAAAUGACAGAAAAGUUACCUUUUAUCCUUUAAUUCUUUGAGAAUGGUGAAAGUUUUUUUCAUAUAGAAAAACGAGGACAUUUGUAAUGAGGCAUCUACAAACUAUAAUUGGACUUCAUCAACAAACUGAAAUCGCAGAUGGUAGUCUUUUUGUGCAAGGAAGGAAAAGCUUGUGCAUAAAAUGUCCUCCAGGAGAAGUAAUGAAUGCAGUUUCUUUUAUUCUAAAUUGGUUUUUUUUUUUCAUUUUCAGCACCCACCAAGUGCUACAUUAAUAUGAGCUUGGGAUUCUUAUUCAUCUUAAUGCUCUCUUUUUGUAUUGCCCAAUUUGAUCAAUGAAAUCCGUCCUAAAAUUCAAAACAUUUUCUGAAAAAUCCUUUAACCAAUUACCCAGCAGUUAAUUUGCAGUUUUUAUCUUGCAUUAACUGCUGCAAGUGCUGUUAUUUGUGAAAUGUGAAUCAACUUGUUUCUAUUUCAAUUGUUAACUAUUCAAAAUUCAUUACACAGGGUGAUGUAUUCAAAGUAGUUGCCCAUGCAGUUGUAAAAAUAUCCUGGCUUUAAUUUUUUACAUUCAUGAAAUUUUGCAGUAAUUUAAAUCAAAUAUAGGAUGAUACCUGUGAUAAAGUGGCUAUUUCCACAGUGCAGAGUAACUGAUUUUUGCCUGGGAAUCAAACCAAGAUGCCUGCAUUUAAACAGUGCACAUUAGCAACGCCUGAAACAAUUAUUUUUCAUGGCUGGGGCUAUCAAAUACAGCAAAUCCAUGGCAGGCACAGGUGCCAUAGUUGCAAAACAGCUUAUUUUUUUGCCUGUGGCUAUCUUCCUCUCACUUUGGAUUCAGCUCUGACUGCUAACAUUUUUAAGACAUCACCACAUUGGCCAGAGCUUAGACACUAUUUAGGUUUCAAAAAUGGCUUUUUAUUCCUUCAUAUGUGUAAAAUAUUUUUUUUGUGCAUAAUACACAGAAAAUUAAAUUUUGACCAUUGAAAGCAUAUUAUGCAUGUUAUCAUUUCUUUCAUUUAUCAGAUCCUGAUUGGUAAAAUUUGUUUGAGGUGGCAGUAUUUUUAUAUGGACCAUCUUUCACGGAGUUCAUAAAAACCUGCAGUGAAUAUUUUUAAUUCCAUUUUAUUUACAAGAUACCACCAGAAAGAAAGAUAAUAGAAAGACAGCAAAUACGUAUUCCUUUAAUUUUGUUAAUUUUUAUUCAUGAAAUGUUAUUCAAAAGCAUACAUAAAUGAACAAGGAUGCUACGGUAUGAAGUGAAUGUUUAAGUAUGUUAUCCUGAACUAUCCACUUAAAGUAAUGUAACAAAAAUUGAGAGGUUUAUCACUUAAAAUCAAAUUGUAGAAAAAGUGUCAUUGAUGCUUAAAAAGCAAGCACAAGUGUUAUUUGGGCUCAGUGUAAGUUUUGUUUAGUUUUUAAGUGAAACAGGUGAUUCAAAGAUGAGUAUUAGCCCAUCAGUUGGGGGGAAUAUCGAUGGACAAGUGUCAGUGUCUCACUGGGUAAACUCUGACCUUUUGAUCUUUGGUUCAAAAUGGACAGAAUGGAGGGGUGUUUCAACAGCACAAAAAUGCUUGUUUUGGAUAAUGUACAAGGUCAACAGUUACCAGCAUUAGUAACUGUAUACUAUAUACUUCUGGUCCGGUUAACGAGACUUAGGCCCGUAUUCAAUUUGGGUACCUUUUGAAUGUUGGCAAUAAGGAACAUUGCCUUUUUUAGACUCGGCCGUUUUUGAUGUGCAACUUGAAUAAGGGAUUGGAGACACUCUGACGGCUGUUGUGUACCAGAAGAAUCAUUGGUGUGAUCACUGCCAUGACUUCAGGGAACAAUACCAAAAUGGCUGCACUGUCUUACUAUGACAAUAAUCAUGCAUUAUUAAAUUGAGCUACCUUUAAAGAGAAUAUGCCUGUUUCUGCGCACCAGUGACAUAAGCAGCUUUUUCAAAGUUUUGGCGUUACCAGUAUUCACUUUCACAGCCCCAUCUCCACGUUAGGAAUAGACAGGUUCGGAAACCUGCUUGUUUGCGUGGCUUUUAUUUAUUUUCCAUGGCUGCAGCUUGCUUGAAUUUUGUUAAUGAUAAAAUCAAGUUAUUUAGUCAAAUACACUGACAAAAUAAUGAAAUGCAAACAGAAGCUGCCUCUGUGCACAGUAGGCUGGAAAUGAGUGUUGGAGUUUUCAAUUUAAAGAAGGCAAGUUACAAACAAGUGUACUUCAAAACAGUUUCAGUUACAAGCAAAACCUGUAACUGACUUAUAGAAUAAUGUUGUGGUCUUUAAUGUGACAGUUAACGAACUUAUGUAGCGUUUCCAGCACCGAUUAUUUUGGCAUUUUGCUUAGUGCACACCUCAUAAUGUCAUUUGAGUGGUACCAUUCACAACCAUGGAUGAAACCUUUUUCAUUAUACCAGUGUAGAAAAGUAAAAAAAAAAAACUUGUAAACUUGAUGUGAAUAUGUACUACUUUCAGAGCAGCAAGAAUUAAAGACAGUUUGUACUGAAAAAUGAAUAAAUUUUUACAAUUAUGCCUUGAGAAUAAAAGA